AUGAACAGACCAAUUGCCAUUAUUGGAAUUGCCUUCAGGGGCCCUGGUGAUGCUCGGGACCCUGAGGCUUUCUAUCGUAUGCUCAUCGAGGGCCGCAGUGCACGCACUGAGAUUCCAAAAGAUCGUUACAACGUCGAUGCAUUCUAUCACCCUGACCCAGAACGAUUAGGCAGCAUCCAACAAAGAUAUGCUCACUUUCUACAACAAGACUUCAAAGCUUUUGAUGCACCCUUCUUUAGUAUCACACCGAAAGAAGCCAAAGCCAUGGAUCCAACACACCGCAUCCUCUUAGAAGCCGCAUAUGAAGGCUUCGAAAAUGCAGGCCUGACUUUGGAUCAGGUGUCUGGAACUCAGACUUCAUGCUACAUCGGAACUUUCACAGCUGAUUUCCCCAACCUACAAGCCCGCGACAAUGAGGGCCCUUCAAUCUACCAUGCCACUGGCAUGUCAUCAUCUUUGGCUUCCAAUAGGUUGUCUUGGUUCUACAAUCUGAGGGGGCCUUCCCUAACAAUCGACACAGCUUGUUCAUCCAGUCUGACUGCAUUUCACUUAGCAUGUCAAAGCCUUCGUACAGGAGAGUCCGAGAUGAGUGUUGUCGGAGGAGCCAAUCUUAUGUUUGGGCCCGAUAUGUCUAUUCUCUUAGGAGCAGCCAAGAUUCUGUCACCUGAAGGGAAGAGUAAGAUGUGGGAUGCGAAUGCAGACGGCUUUGCUCGUGGAGAAGGCUUUGGUGUGACAAUAUUGAAGCCUCUAGACACAGCUCUACGCGAUGGUGAUACUAUCCGAGCGGUUGUACUGGCUACAGCCACUAACGAAGAUGGUCAUACGCCUGGAAUUUCACUACCCAACAGUGAAGCGCAACAAGACUUGAUUCGCAGGGCAUAUCAAAUGGCUGGGGUAGAUCCAGCAGAGACAGGCUAUGUUGAGGCUCAUGGAACCGGAACAAUGGCAGGUGACCCGUUGGAAGCCAAGGCCAUCUUGAAGACCGUUGGAUCAGUCGAGGGCCGCAAAUCAAGUCUUUAUGUUGGAUCCGUGAAGACAAACAUUGGUCAUCUGGAGGGCGCAGCUGGCGUAGCUGGUGUCAUAAAAGCUGCGCUGGCUGUAGAGCGAGGUCUGAUACCUCAAAAUCUUUGGUUUGAAAAGCUCAACCCCGAGAUCAAUUUACCGGAAAAUGUCGAAAUACCCUUGAAGCUUACGCCGUGGCCGUCUGAUGGACCACGUCGUGCGAGUAUCAACAGCUUCGGUUUUGGUGGCGCCAACGCUCAUGUCAUUCUUGAGGACACAGCAUCUUUCUUGUCACGCCAUGGUUUGAAGGGUCGGCAUGCAACAGCACCGCAUCCUUGUGUCACUGAAAUCGGCGGAGGCUACUCCAAUAGCACCUCCAGUAGAUCAUCAAGUUCGAUUGCUGACGAGACUUCAAGUAGCGACUCGAGCGACGCUGCGAGUGACCUAUCCAGCGAAAUUCUGCACGACUUACAACCUACCCCAAAGCUAUUUACAAUCUCUGCCAACGACCAAGAGGGAGUACGACGCAAUGUCGAGCGGUUACAACGAUAUCUCUCCGCGAAGACUUCUGCUACUCCCGCAUUUCUCAGUGACUUGGCAUUUACACUGAGCGCCAAAAGAAGUCUACUUCCUUGGAAAUCGUAUGUUGUCUCAUCGAAGGUCUCCGAACUGCAAGAGAGACUGUCCAGUCUUGCGCCUGUGGUUCGCUCUUCUAGUUCUGCAAUUCCACGCAUCGCCUUUGUAUUCACUGGUCAAGGCGCACAGUGGCAUGCAAUGGGAAAGGGACUAUCGAUUCAUGCAGCGUAUUUUGAAAGCAUGCAGAGAUCUGAAGCACUGCUUAGAUCGUUUGGUUGCCCAUGGAGUCUCAAUGAAGAGCUGAGCCAGACGGAAACUGAGUGCAAGCUGCGGGAGACUGACUACAGCCAGCCAGCAUGUACCGCUAUUCAGAUUGCACUAGUGGAUCUCUUGAGGGAUUUUGGAGUGACCCCCGUUGCAGUCGUAGGGCAUUCGAGUGGCGAGAUCGCCGCUGCAUACGCCGCUGGCUUCAUCGACCAAGAGGCUGCGAUCAAGAUUGCGUGGCUGAGAGGACAAGUUAGUAAAACUGUUCCCACCAACGGCGGUAUGUUGGCAGUCUCUGCCAGUGCUGAAAGCGUACAAACCUACAUUGACGGCCUGAAAAACGGUAGAGCGGUUGUUGGAUGCUUCAACUCUACCAAAGCCUGUACCAUCUCCGGCGACGCUUCAGCCAUCAGCGAGCUGAAAAGCAUAUUAAAAGAUGCGCAAAUCUCAUGCACCCGGCUACCUAUGGAUAUUGCGUACCACUCAUGUCAUAUGGAGGCAGCACGUGAGGCAUAUGAAAGCGCUUUGGAAGGUAUCGUGCAUGGCUCGACUUCAACUAUUCCCAUGUUCUCGUCGGUCUCAGGUGCACUUGUUACACCCGAGAUGAUGAAACCAUCUUACUGGGUUGAGAACCUGGUAUCUCCUGUCGAUUUCGUCACAGCCACAAAGUGUUUACUGAACCAUCCACUGGAAAGCAAAUCGCGCAAAGCCUUCGCCAGCGUCUUCGUCGAACUGGGCCCACACUCCGCAUUGCGCAAUUAUCUUCUGGAUAUUUUCAGCAGUGAGAAAAUCGCUGCAGAUCUUACCUAUGCAACUGUCCUCCGCCGUAAUUUUGAAGGCGCUACUACUGCGCUGGAAGCCAUGGGUCAUCUGUGGUCACAAGGAUACCCCGUCGAUUUGAAUAAGAUCAAUAGCCUGGAGCCAGAAAAUGCCAACAUGCUGGUCGAUCUACCUCCAUAUGUUUGGAACCAUAAGCCAUACUGGUGCGAAUCACAACUAAGCCGACAGUAUCGCCUUCGUCAAUCGCCACGCACCGACCUUCUAGGUUAUCGCCUCCCCGGAACACCCGAAUACACAUGGCGCAACUUUUUGCGAUGCAACGAAAACCCAUGGAUUCGCGAGCAUAAGGUUCAGGGCGACAUUCUUUACCCUGGUGCAGGUAUGCUCGUAAUGGCUAUUGAAGCUGCUCACCAAGUAGCCCAAGAAACCAGCGUUGAUGAGGUACAUGGCUUCGAAUUGCGCGACGUCAGCAUCGAUACCGCCCUUCGUGUGCCGGACACAGAGAUGGGUAUUGAAGUCAUGACACAGCUGCACAAUCGCCGUACAGGCACACGGGCAGCACCAUCAUCUGCACUUUACGAAUUCACAAUCUCUUCGUGGAACAAAGAAAUGUCUUGCUGGAGUGCUCAUGCGCGAGGUCUGAUCUCAAUCACUUACAAGACCUUUUCGACUGCGAUGGAGCACGAGCUGGCCCUUGAAAACGGGCGCUGUAUGACGUCGAUGAUUGAAGCUCGAAAAGCAUGCCAGAAGCCAGCGAGAAGCUUCUUGUACGAUACAGUCGAGACGAUUGGAAUGCAAUACGGCCCAACUUUCCGUAACAUGAUUGAGCUAUAUGUUGGCUUGAAUGCCAGUUAUGGAGUUAUCAAAGUGCCUGAUACCAAGGCAAUCAUGCCCAAGGGCUACGAGUUCCCUCAUGUCAUUCAUCCUGCCACGCUGGACUCAGUUCUUCACUUACUCUUCCCGAGCAUCUCUGGAAAAGAGCAAUCACUCAGCGAAGCUGUAGUGCCAAGGUCCUUUGAACGCAUCUUCAUUUCAGCAAAUACUCCUAAGAUGCCGAGUACAGAGCUUCACGGUUGCUCAACAGCAAAGAAGCUCAGCUACACAACAUGGACUGCUGACAUUAUCAUGUCCGAAUCAAGUAUGGUGGAACCUACCAUCAUCAUGGAAGGUGUAGUCCUUGCAUCUGUUGGCUCAGCUGAAAAUGUGUCGAAGCGACUGGAAACGCGCGCAUCGUGCUUUGCACAGAACUGGUAUGUGGAUGCCGACUUGCUGACUCCAUGUCAAAUCAAAGAAACAAUCUACAAGAGGACAUUGAAGAGUAAGGACGAUGAUUUGGUACUGGAUCUUCUAGAGUUUGUUUGUCUGGUCUACAUCCACCGCAUCUUGGAUUGGUUUGAGAGCGAGGAAGGCAAGAUACACGAGCCACAAGAUGGAUUCUGGAAGCUGUACGUGGACUGGAUGCAUGAACAGGUUAAGCAAUUCCCCCCGCUCCCUGCAGAUGUUGAAGGCGAGAUGCAGCGAGCCCGCCAGCGCAUCGGAAGAUCGGAGAGUGGUGAUAUCACGGUGCAAAUGGUGGACCGCAUCGGACAAAACCUUUCUCGCAUCUUCACACACGAGGUCGAAGCUUUACAAUGCAUGACUGAAGGAGAUCUUCUCUAUGCUUUCUACCGGGGCGCAUUCGGUACAAGCUUCAACACCAAUGUUGCCGAAUACGUUGGUCUACUAGCUGACAAGCGACCUGGACUGCGCAUCUUGGAAAUCGGUGCGGGAACGGGCGGUACGACGUAUCAUGUCCUGGAGCGUCUGCGCAAUCCCGAUGGCAGCUCCAAAGCCACUCAGUAUCACUUCACCGAUAUUUCUCCUGGGUUUCUCGCCAAAGCAGCCGACCGAUUCGAUAAAGACGCAUCUAUCAUGCAGUUCGGCACACUCAACAUUGAAAAUAACCCCACAGAGCAAGGAUUCAGCCCCGAGUCAUUCGAUCUUAUCGUAUGUGCCAACGUGCUUCACGCAACUAAGAGCAUCCAAGAAACCUUGGCACACUGCAAGUCGCUUCUAAAGCCCGGAGGCCAUCUCGUCCUGUCCGAGGUAACCAUCAAGCGCAUCUUCUCGGGCUUCAUUAUGGGUCCUUUGCCCGGUUGGUGGCUAGGAGAAGCGGAUGGUCGAAAGGGAGGUCCACUCCUAGACGCUAAAGAGUGGAACGUCGCGUUGAAAUCGGCUGGCUUCUCCGGUGUCGAUGUUGAUGUUCGUGGUGACAGAGACACGUCCAAAGAACCUGUAUCGCUUAUCAUCUCAACAAAGCCCGAGACGUCAAUCGUGACUUUGCCUCCUUGUCUUAUCAUUAGCACUGGCACACAAGCAUCUCAAAAGCUUGCCAACCAUAUGAGAGAGGCGUUUUCCUUGGCCGGUCAUGAAGUUGAUAUUGCUCAAUGGAAGGGCAUUACCAAGACGAGUGUAGCUGGGAAGUAUUGCCUCUGCCUUGCAGAGUGGGAGAUUCCCGUCCUGGCAAAUCUCACGAAUGAAGACUGGGAUAGAGUUCGUGAGAUUGUUCUCUCCUCCGAGGGAGCCCUUUGGGUUACUGGUGGUGGAGCUCUCGAUACCACCCACCCUCUUAAAAGCCUCAUGGUCGGACUGGCAAGGGCUAUCCGCAAUGAGAACGCCGGUGUACGCCUUGUAUGUCUAGAUCUAGAGGCUCCGUCAACUAUCGACUUUGAAAAGGCAUCCCGGAUAACACUGAAGGUUGCUGAAGCGCACAUCCGAGGCGACGGCACGGAGGGUGAAUUUGCUGCACGCGAUGAGACUGCUUUUAUUCCUCGUGUUGAGCGGACACUGGAGAUGGAUGCAUCACUGCGCAAAUACGAAGCAAAGGGCGAUCCCGAGAUGGUUUCUUUCGUGGGAUGCGGCCGCCCUCUGAAACUGACUAUCAAAACACCUGGACUGCUAGACACAUUCCAGUGGGAAGAAGAUGAGAUAUAUCACACCCCUAUGCCCAAUGAUUGGAUCGAGAUAGAGGUGAAAGCAGUCGGCCUAAACUUCAAAGAUGUGCUCGUUGCACUGGGUAACCUAGCUGAGAACAAAUUGGGUGUCGAUGCCUCGGGAGUGAUCACUCGCGUCGGAUCAGCUGUCACAGAUCUGAAGGUUGGGGAUAAGGUGAUGACAGCAUCGUGCGAUACCUUUGCCACCUAUGUCCGCUUCCCAGCCAAGGGCGCCAUUCCCGUACCAUCUGACAUGAGCUUUGAAGAAGCCGCGUCAAUGCCUCUCAUUUUCUUGACCGCCUAUUACGCUUUGGUUACUGCGGGCGGUAUCACAGCUGGUGAGACAAUUCUGAUCCAUGCCGCUGCUGGCGGUGUUGGACAAGCAGCCAUCAUGAUUGCCCAAGCCAAGGGUGCUGAGGUUUUCGCUACAGUCGGUGCGGAUAGCAAGAAACAACUCCUAAUGGAACAGUAUGGCAUCCGCGAAGACCGUAUUUUCAGCAGUCGAGAUACCAGCUUCGUCAAAGCUGUACUGCGUGCUACAAAUGGUAGGGGCGUUGAUUUAGUUCUGAAUUCCUUGGCCGGCGAAGCUCUGCGUCUAUCAUGGACUGACUGCCUGGCAAAAUUCGGUCGAUUUCUGGAAAUUGGAAAGGCGGACUUAUUCGCCAACACCGGCCUUGACAUGAAACCACUCUUGGACAACAAGAGCUAUAUUGGUGUAAACCUUCUCGAAUUUGAGAACAACCCAACGCCUCGAGCAGUUGCGCUAUGGCAUGACACGGCGAAGCUGAUUCAAGACAAAUCCAUCAAACCGAUUUUACCGCUUCAGAUGUUCACCAUGUCUGAGGUGGAGAAGGCUUUUCGACACAUGCAGGCAGGCAAGCACAUGGGUAAAGUUGUCGUUCGCGUCGACGAAGCAGAUGUCGUUCGUGCCGUGCCUCGCAUCCCGCGAAUACGCAUACACCCUGUCGGUACUUAUAUCAUCGCUGGGUUAGGCGGCAUCACGCGUGAGAUUGCACGCUGGCUGGCUGAAAAGGGAGCGCAGCAUCUGGUUUUCCUUUCGCGCUCUGCAGCUAGUGGGCCAGAUAAUCAAGCCUUCACCUUGCAGCUAAGGGAUAUGUUCAACGUCAACAUUUUGGCCUAUGAUUGUGACGUUGCCAACAAAGCAGCUUUGCAGGGAGUCCUCGAUGACCUUAAGGCCAAGGGAUUACCACCCAUCAGGGGAUGUGCGACUGGCGCCAUGGUCUUGCAAGACACUCUCUUUGACAAAAUGACCGCUGAUAACGUCCGCAAAACGGUCGGCCCCAAGGUUCAUGGUACCUGGAACUUACACGAACUGCUGCCGCGCGAUAUGGACUUCUUUGUAAUGCUGUCCUCAUUGGCUGGUGUUAUGGGCCAUCGCGGACAGGGUAACUAUGGGUGCGGCAAUAACUUCCAGGACGAGUUUGCUGCAUUCAGGCGAGGUCAGGGACUACCUGCCAUGACUAUUGAUAUCGGUUACCUCUUGUCCGUGGGGUUUGUUGCUGAGCAUGAUGAAUACGUUGACCACGUAAAAGCAAUGGGACUCAAGGUCAUGCAAACGUCCGACUUGCAUGGACUGCUAGCAACAGCCAUCGAAGGCCCUUCCAAGCAUCCGGGCCAAGUCAUGUGCGGUCUGCCGUUCAACGAGCAUGACGAUGCAUGGUACUGGAUAUGUGAUGCUCGGUUCGGUGCCCUGCGAAACCUCGCCGCUGGAACUUCAGCCAACAAGGGGCAAGUUGUCUCGCUGCGUGAAGAGUUGAUGCGGUGUGGCACCAUCAGCGAAGAGGCUGUGCAGAUCAUUACAAAAGCUAUGGUGCAGAGAUUGGCAAGUUUGAUGAUGACACCUGAGGAGGACAUUGACGCGGGUAAGCCGCUAAGCGCAUAUGGUGUUGAUAGCUUGGUUGCUGUCGAAGUGAGAAACUGGAUCGCACGCGAGAUGGCUGUUGAGUGCUCCGUAUUCGACAUCAUGCAAAACAUUCCAAUGACUCAGUUGGCUUGCAAUUUGGCGGAGAAGAGUAAGCUGCUCGUUGAGCAAGCCUGAAACUCGGGAGAGGUGAGCUUGGUCGGUAAAAGCACACAGCUGCACAUUAGAAAUUUAAGUAGACAAGACGCCUUACAUCGU